CAUUAGCUGUGCGGACCACAGCGAGUUGAGUUUUAAUGCCUGGCACUUAAUGGGAAAUAAACAUUACUCACUCCAACUGCUUUCCUUUCCCGCCGGACACAGUCUCAUUUUCUUAAUAUCGAAGAUGCUCCAUGAAUAUUAAUUGGCACCAUUAAACAUUCUUGAUUGUACCGCAGGCAAAUGUUACUGUUGUGAGCUUGACAACGAAGAUGCUUUGUACCCGCAAGCUCAUCAUCGUACAAACAGUGCAUCAGGGAGCAGAGCACUAAUCUGAAGUGGUCUUGAACUGGUGUCAUCAUUAACCAAUGGGUUGAGGUGUGUGUGUGUGUGUCAGGGCAGUAAAAAGAGAUAUAAGUAAUGAAGAUCUGUCAACUUUAAAUGCACGACCUUCACCUGCUACAAUUUACUUGUCAGUGGUGUCAUUACUGAGUACAGCAUCGGUUACCAGCACUCCACAAUAACAUGAGAGCACGAGGAGGCAGGCAGCUAGAAAGAGGGGGGCAAGGCUGACAGAUGAGUAGAAUAAGGCACAGAACGAAAGGAGCGGCGCAGAAAGGCAGGAGCAGCUUGUGUGUGUGUGUGUGUUUGGAAAAGGAGAUCAGGAAUCCAAGAGGUUCAGCUCAAAAGAAAAGAGUCUUCCUCCAGUGCCAGAUCUGAAACCAGCAAGAGGGAAAAAACAGGGGCAAAGCCCCUUUAAUACACAGAGCUGUGGAUGCAGGUGAAGACAGAACGACAGGCUGACAACAUCGUGAAAUAAAACAAGAGGACUAUUACUCUCUGGGUUCUUUGACCAGGCUGGUUUCCACGGUGACAACAUGGGAGCAGUGGUGGGCACUUUGACCAUGCAAACCAAGCAGAGGAGACCAUCCAGAGAUAAAGCAGACGAUGAGCUCGAGAUGACGAUGGUGUGUCACAGGCCAGAGGGUCUUGAGCAACUGGAAGCCCAGACUAAUUUCACCAAACAGGAGCUGCAGAUCCUCUAUCGUGGUUUCAAGAAUGAAUGUCCAAGCGGUGUCGUAAAUGAGGAGACAUUCAAACACAUUUACGCACAGUUCUUCCCUCAUGGAGAUGCAAGCAUGUACGCACAUUACCUUUUCAAUGCGUUUGACACUACAAACAACGGCUCCAUUAAGUUUAAGGACUUCGUAAUGGGUUUGUCUAUACUGCUGCGAGGAACACUAAGAGAGAAACUUGAGUGGACGUUUCACCUUUAUGACAUUAACAGAGAUGGCUACAUAAACAGAGAGGAAAUGACUGAGAUUGUCAGAGCCAUUUAUGACAUGAUGGGCAAGUACACCUACCCUGCACUAAAGGGAGACGUGCCACAGCAGCACGUGGAUGCCUUUUUCCAGAAAAUGGAUAAAAACAAAGACGGAGUGGUGACUUUAGAGGAGUUUGUCAUAGCCUGCCAGGAGGAUGAAACCAUGAUGAGAUCCAUGCAGCUGUUUGAAAACGUGAUGUAGGACAAGGAGAGAUGAUGGAGACAAAGACAUGGAAAAUGAGAGGGCUUAGUGUGAGUGCGUGUGUGUGGAUGCAUAUGUGCAAUACGUCGGUCUCUCCUCCUCUUCUCAUUUCCUUCAGCUGUGGUCUGGAUGCAGCCAAGAAUGCCCCACAAUGACUGAAAUGAAGGGACUUGGACUGGAAUGUUUUCAGCUUUCCUGCAGAGAUUUUUCCACACAAUACAAAGUGACUGAAAAGACAUCGCUCUCAGUCCCGUCUCACAGAUAAAGAUGAUCCUACAUUAGAAGGCUUCUCCCAGCCAGCAAAAAGCUAGUGUUCAAACCGGUGGAACUAUUGUUUUCUUUUUGCCAAACGUUGCUCCUUUUUUGAAACAUACUGUAAAUGCAUGCUUUUGCAAGAGGUUUUGGUUCAUCUCCAAACAUUUGUCAUAACUGUCAUGGGAAUUUGGCCACAAAGACUUCUAUAUUUAUCUCAUGCAUCUAGUGGUUGACAGAUAUGGAACAUGUUUCGAAUGUCAUGGUUUCAGUGACCCUGUACUUUUGUGUCGACCUGGCUGUGUGGUCUGUCUGAUGCUUAUUGUUAAGAGUCUGUCCAAAGCUUUAAGUAGCAAGUCAAACUAUUCGGAAACAGUACGUUCUGUGGGUCUUAUGUGGUAAAUGUACCUGUCUCUGUGUCUAUGUUGGAACUUGCUGUAUGUUUUAGUGAAAAGAAAGGAGAAAUCAAAUCAUUCUUAUAUUUUCACCUGCUGCUCUGCUUCUUGUGGUCAAAUCGGUGUGUUUUUUUUUAGAACAAGUAUUAUGAAAAAUGUGUAGACAUUCUUGGAUUUCAUGAUGAGGCGCCUGCAAAACAAAUUUGUUGAAUAAUUAGAAAGAGGCUUGUGCUCAUCAAACCAAUAACUUUAUUUGCACAGGUGAUUACCGUUAUCUUGUUAAGAGAUGAAAACGUGAAGUCUGUGUGGUACCAUUUUAAUGAUCACUUAGAGUCAGAUGGUGAUUGCUGGGCCAUUCUAUAGUGAAAUCAUAGUAUAAGAAAGUUUCAGAUUAUCUUGCAGGGAAAUACCACUGAAUGUCAGCACCGGAAUGUGAUAUUUUGAUGACACUGAGGACAACUCUGUAAAAGUCAAUAUUUGGCACUGACUCCUCCGUCCAAACUAGAUUUGUGAUGUCACACUGACGUGCCGGUUCAGACAGAAGAUUUCCUGUGAAUCUCUGUGUGUUGAAAACACAGAUUCCGAGCGAGCAGGUCCUAAGCCUCACUAGUGGUAAAAACUUCACUGCGGGUUACAAGGCCUUUUUAAUUUUAAAGGGUGGAAGAAAACUUUUAAUAUAAUAACCUGUAUAUAUACUAGGUCUAUAUCUGAGUAUUUCAAAUGAAUCUAUGUGAGACUAAUUGUUAUUCUAGAUGAUUUAAGAUCUAAAGUUAAAUAAAACAUGACAACAUGACUUAACAGCAUUAUUCUGCAUUAGAAAUGUACACAGUUAAAACAACCAAAGAACUCAUAGAUCAAGAAAACAAAGAAUAUGCAAAAAGAAAAAAAAAGUAUGUAAAGUAUCUAUGAUUCAUCAAAAAACGCUCUUUUUACACAAGGUUUCUGCAUUUAUUGCUUUGACUAUUUGGGUUAAUUAUACAGUUAUAUAAUAACCUAAUAUGAAAUAUCUAUAAAAUGUCGCUUAGUUCACUUAACAACAGAAAAGGUAUCGCUUAAGGGAAAAAGUUAGGAACCGCUGUGCCAGGAUACAAUAGUUUAAGCAUUAAAAUAUCACUCUCUGCUGUAUGGUACGUCAGUGUGACAUCACAGUCUCUGAUAUCUUGAGUUGUUGAAUCUUAAAUAUAAAUUUAAUUCUAAGCCAUAUGAAUAAA